UGUUUUGGUACACAGUACUCUUAACCUAAAGUGAGAAGUAAAGUGAUGAUAUGAGUACAAAGUGGUGAUAUGCAACACACAACAUUCAUAUAUAACUACACAAUGUGUUAUACUAGCACUUUGAUAUUUGCAUAUCAUUACUUUGUAGUUAUGUCAGCACUUUGUUUUCCUAUGUGUAUUUGAUCCAGCCUCUACGAUGAUACACGACCAAAUACAUAUAAGUAGCAUAUGAUAUGUAUAUUAGCAUAUUCCCUAAAAUGGGUAGCUUCCAAUCAUAAAAACAAAUCGAAUAGAAUAUCCAAUCAGGAUCUACUCACACAUCUUUCAAUAAUAAAAAUAUAUAGAGAAGUGGGAGCCUUUAAUGUUAGAAGUUGUAGGUAUCAGUUGCCUUUUAACUGCCUACAAAAUUUCAAAUCCUCCCCAAUUUCUUGGUUCAUAAAUCCAUCACACAUACACAUGUGGGUGUCCCUUUAAUUGCUUCCAUCUUCUACAACAUUAUUCUUCAAAUCUCAUCAAAAUAUGAACUCCAGAAAUGGGUCUGUUUGGAAGAGAAGAUCUAAAGAGAUCUCCACCAAUGACAACACAACACGUCACAAGAAACACAACAACACCAAGAUUGUUGAUCACAAGACCAGAACAGAGUACCCUUUAUUGAGAUUUGAUGAAUUACCAGAGUACAUGAAGGAUAAUGAGUUUAUUUUGAAUCAUUACAGAGCUGAUUGGCCUUUGAAACAAGCACUUUUUAGCCUGUUUCGUUGGCACAAUGAAACACUAAAUGUAUGGACGCAUUUAAUUGGAUUUGUUGUAUUCUUGGGAUUGACCGUUACAAACUUGAUGCAUGUGCCUCAAGUUUCAGAUUUCCUCAAUUUAUUAACUUGGUCUUUCCCAUUAAGCGCAGGCGGAAAUGCCUCACAUAGUUCGAUCAUGGACACACCAAAACUCAUUGACUUGAAGCACGAAUCACCGCUAGAUAUGGAGAUCGAAACACCACUAGUGGCGGUUACACAGUGGCCAUUCUACGUGUUCUUAGGCGGAUCAAUGUUCUGCCUCCUCUCCAGCAGCACCUGCCACCUGUUUGGCUGCCACUCGCACCACCUAAACCUCCUACUCCUCCAAAUGGAUUAUGUUGGCAUAACCAUCAUGAUCAUUUCCUCAUUCUUUCCCCCAAUCUACUACAUUUUCCAGUGCGCACCCGUCUGGCAAUUCGUGUACCUUGGUGGCAUCACAAUCAUGGGCGUUUUUACCGUUAUAACCCUACUGUCACCAGCUCUGUCAACUGGGAAGUUUCGUUCUUUUCGGGCUUUUCUCUUCAUGGGAAUGGGCCUGUUUGGGCUCAUACCCGCUGUCCAUGCUGUCAUGAUGAACUGGCACGCGCCUCAGAGAAAUGGAAUAUUGGUGUAUGAAACAAUGAUGGCGCUUUCGUAUUUGACGGGUACUAUGUUUUAUGUUACUAGAAUCCCAGAAAGAUGGAAGCCGGGUUGGUUUGAUCUUGCGGGUCAUAGCCAUCAGAUCUUUCAUUGUUUUGUGAUAAUGGGUGCAUUGGCUCAUUAUGGUGCUGCACUUGUGUUUCUUGAGUUUCGAGGUCAAGUCGGUUGCUAGUGAUGCGAAACUGUUUAGGUCCUAUUCGUUUUGAUCGGUUAAUAUUUUCGGUUUCAGGUCUAUUUAUAUGAAGUUGUAGGAUGAAGAUGAGAUUGUGAGUCCAGUCUAAUGUUGUGAAAGUGGGCACACUUAAUUUCUUUUAUUUUUUGCCAAUAUUUUUGGUGAUUUAUAUUGUAAAAUUGUUGUAUCAUGUGAAGUAUAAAACUCUAUAGUUGUAACUAAUUGUAUGGAUAGAAUGUUAUGCAUGUGUA